CAAUCCUACCUCAACAGCGACGGUUGAACGCGACCAUUGUAAUAGAAGCAGCCGCCCCUAGUGCUCAGAAGGAUGCCGAGAAGACCACGGGUAAUAUUGCUGUUAGUGAACAGGAGCACCUCCUCUACUUCCAGAAUGUCUUCCCAGUGCGACUUGCACUGUGGGACGUUCGAAGCUAUCUUACCAGGUUCCAGCCGAAACAAGUGACUGAGAACCUCCUCCGUGACUCCAUACCACCGAACCUCCCAAUCCAGAUCACGCAAAUUCAGCCUAGGAUGAAAGACGGUGGUGCCUUUGUAAGGUUUGCAAGUGAUCCGGCUCUCACGAUGGAGGAGAUCGAGGCGAAGCUCCAGGAGCACCUGUCUGGUCCAGGCAAAAUCCACCCCUGGUUCAACCCAUUGGAAGGACUCAAUGGAUGGGUUGUGCGCGGUAAGCCCUGGCUGGAGGAUCUCGCAAUGAGAUAUCCAAGUAGGAGGCUUCGAGUCGAAUUUGAAGGGGCGGCCGACCUGCCUCAAGAAAAGCUAUACGAGCUCUUCCGCCGGUAUGGACGCUUGGUGGAUAUCGUCCCUGCUUCACCGAAAGAUAGCCCUAGGGUGGCUCAGUUGGUCUUCGGUACGAGGCGAUCAGCCAUAGCUGCGAAGAACUGUCUCCACGGUAUGGAGGUUGGUGGCAUCAAAAUGCGCAUCACUUAUGAGCGUACGCAUUCAUGGGCGCGUGCGUUAUGGGAUUGGAUUGUUAACCACCCUAGAGUCACCAUCCCCGCCUUCGCCGCUCUCUUCGCUACUAUCCUCGUCACAAUCUUCGAUCCUGUACGGACUUGGUUCAUUAAAAACAAGAUCUCAAGGAGUUGGCAUCUGGAGGAGUCUAGUGCUGUUCAGUGGUUGAAGAGAAAUACCGUUCAUCUCAUUGGUGGACGCAGACGGUCUUUGGAUGACGAGCGUGCUGCAUGGAUGGAUCGCGGUGAUUCUGCUGCUCAGAUUCAAGGCUGGCUUGGUGAAAACAAGGAAUCUUUCAUCGUUGUUCAGGGUCCUCGAGGUUCUGGAAAGCGAGAGCUGGUUCUGAACGGCGUGCUGAAGGGGCGCAAAAAUGUGCUGGUCCUGGAUUGUGAGAACCUCGCGGAGCAACAUGGUGAUUCGAAUGUGAUCAAGGCAGCUGCGAACCAGACCGGAUACUUCCCCGUAUUCUCCUGGUUGAACUCAAUGAGCUCCAUGCUUGACUUGGCAGCACAAGGUACUAUUGGUCAGAAGACUGGCUUCACCGAGACGUUGGAGACGCAGUUCCGCAAGAUUCUCCAGAACACUGCGACUGCUCUGAAAACCCUUGCAAUUGAGAACAAACCUACGACGAAGCCAGUUGUUAGGGAUGAAGACUACCUUGAAAACCACCCCGAGGUUCGUCCCGUUGUCGUCAUCGACAACUUCCUCUACAAGGCGGAGAGCGGUAACAUGGUGUUGUAUGAGAACAUGGCGACUUGGGCAGCUUUGCUUUGCGAAGCCAACGUUGCUCACGUCAUCUUCUUGACGAACGAUAUGGGUUAUGCGAAGACCUUGGCAAAAGCUUUACCCGACCGUGUGCCAAAGGUUGUCACCUUGGGUGAUGCCAACCCUGCGGCUGCGGAGAAGUAUGUCAUCCGACGCCUUCAGGACACUCUUGAGGACACCACUACCACUGACGGCGGCGAGGUGAAGGCCACCGUAGAGCGCAAGCCUCUCGAGCUUAGCAGGUGCAUCCAAGUCCUUGGUGGUCGCUUGACGGAUCUCGAGGUCUUGGCUUUGCGCAUCAGGAAUGGCGAGACUCCCGAAGCUGCUUUGAGUGCUAUGGUCAAGGCAAGCGCUGCGGAGGUGAUGAAGGCGUACUUCCUCGCCAUUAGUGGAGGAUGGAAACCGGAACAAGCAUAUGUCCUCCUCAGAGGUCUGGCUGAGAAUGGUGAGAUGAAGUACAAUGAGGCGCUCCUUGAUCCGAUGUUCGGUGACAGCUCCGAGGCGAUUCAGGCGCUUGGUGCUGCAGAGAUGAUCUCUAUUGCAACAGUCAACGGCCGGCCCAGCAAGAUCAAGCCAGGAAAGCCGAUCUUCCGUGAGUCCUUCAGAACAAUCCUGGAGGAUAAGGUGUUCUGUGCGCGUAUGGAACUUGACAUGCGAAAGGCUUUGAAGGUGGCCUCUGUCUCCGGUAUUCAGAAGGCUGAGGAGGAGCUGCGGGUGGUGAGAGCUUUGGGUUUGGAGAGUAAAGGCUGGUUUGGACGUAUACACGUCAGCGAACGUGAGAAGUAUUUGCGGAGGCAGAUUAAGACGGAGCAGAAAAAUGUCAUGAGGUUGGAGGAGGAGAUGGCUCAGCUCAAGGCAGUUUUGAAGACGGAUGCUUAGUGGCACAAGGAGUUUGGUCAAGACGUGAUUGGAAGCUGCUGGCCAGCGCCUUGUACGAUAGCCACGUGAGGCGUUCUUGGAUAAUUACUUCUCUCAAUUGUAAUGACUAUUGAUACUCAACUGACU